AUGGCGGACGGAGGAGCAGCGAGUCAAGAUGAGAGUUCAGCCGCGGCGGCAGCAGCAGCAGACUCAAGAAUGAACAACCCGCCAGAAAAUGGUAAACCGUCCAUGGAGAGUGGAGACAGCAGCACGGGCACACAAACGAAUGGUCUGGACUUUCAGAAGCAGCCUGUGCCUAUUGGAGGAGCAAUCUCAACAGCCCAAGCCCAGGCUUUCUUCGGACAUCUCCACCAGGUCCAGCUCGCAGGAACAAGUGUGCAGGCUGCUCAGUCUUUAAAUGUACAGUCUAAAUCUAAUGAAGAAUCGGGGGAUUCCCAGCAGCCAAACCAGCCUUCCCAGCAGCCUUCAGUGCAGGCAGCCAUCCCACAGACCCAGCUCAUGCUGGCUGGAGGGCAGAUAACCGGGCUCACUUUGACGCCAGCCCAGCAGCAGUUGCUCCUGCAGCAGGCACAGGCACAGGCACAGCUGCUGGCGGCUGCGGUGCAGCAGCACUCCGCCAGCCAACAGCAUAGCGCUGCUGGGGCCACCAUCUCUGCCUCCGCCGCCACGCCCAUGACGCAGAUCCCGCUGUCUCAGCCCAUACAGAUCGCACAGGAUCUGCAACAGCUACAGCAACUUCAGCAGCAGAAUCUCAACCUGCAGCAGUUCGUGCUGGUACAUCCAACCACCAACUUGCAGCCAGCACAGUUCAUCAUCUCACAGACGCCGCAGGGCCAGCAGGGUCUCCUGCAAGCGCAAAAUCUUCUAACGCAACUACCUCAGCAAAGCCAAGCCAACCUCCUACAGUCGCAGCCAAGCAUCACCCUCACCUCCCAGCCAGCAACCCCAACACGCACAAUAGCUGCAACCCCAGUUCAGACACUUCCACAGAGCCAGGCAACACCGAAGCGAAUCGACACUCCCAGCCUGGAGGAGCCCAGUGACCUUGAGGAGCUUGAGCAGUUUGCCAAGACCUUCAAACAAAGACGAAUCAAACUUGGAUUCACUCAGGGCGAUGUUGGGCUUGCAAUGGGUAAACUGUAUGGAAAUGACUUCAGCCAAACUACCAUCUCUCGCUUUGAAGCCUUGAACCUCAGCUUUAAGAACAUGUGCAAGUUAAAGCCACUUUUGGAGAAGUGGCUCAAUGAUGCAGAGAACCUCUCAUCGGAUUCAGCUCUCUCCAGCCCAAGUGCCCUGAAUUCUCCAGGGCAGGGAAUAGAGGGCUUGAACCGUAGGAGGAAGAAACGCACCAGCAUAGAGACCAACAUCCGUGUGGCCUUAGAGAAGAGUUUCCUGGAGAAUCAAAAGCCUACCUCGGAAGAGAUCACCAUGAUUGCUGAACAGCUCAACAUGGAGAAGGAGGUGAUUCGAGUUUGGUUUUGUAACCGCCGGCAAAAGGAAAAGAGGAUCAACCCACCGAGCAGUGGUGGGACCAGCAGCUCCCCUAUCAAAGCAAUUUUCCCCAGCCCAACCUCCCUGGUGGCGACCACGCCAAGCCUUGUGACCAGCAGUGCAGCAACUACCCUCACAGUCAACCCAGUCCUCCCUCUAACCAGCGCUGCAGUAACCAACCUCUCUGUUACAGGCACUACAGACACCACCGCCAACAACACUGCGACCGUGAUUUCCACCGCGCCUCCCGCCUCCUCGGCAGUCACGUCCCCCUCGCUGAGCCCCUCCCCGACUGCCUCAGCCUCCACCUCUGAGGCCUCGAGUGCUAGUGAGACCAGCACAACACAGACCACCUCCACUCCUCUGCCCUCUCCUCUCGGGACCAGCCAGGUGAUGGUGACGGCAUCAGGGCUGCAAACAGCGGCCGCAGCUGCCCUCCAAGGAGCUGCGCAGUUGCCGGCGAACGCCAGUCUCGCUGCGAUGGCUGCCGCUGCAGGACUGAGCCCCGGCCUGAUGGCGCCGUCUCAGUUCGCAGCUGGAGGUGCCUUACUCAGUCUCAACCCAGGGACCCUGGGCAGUGCUCUCAGCCCAGCUCUGAUGAGCAACAGCACACUGGCAACCAUUCAAGCUCUUGCUUCUAGUGGCUCUCUUCCAAUAACAUCACUGGAUGCAACUGGGAACCUGGUGUUUGCCAAUGCGGGAGGAGCCCCCAACAUCGUGACCGCCCCUCUGUUCCUGAACCCCCAGAACCUCUCUCUGCUCACCAGCAACCCGGUUAGCCUGGUCUCUGCCGCCGCAGCCUCCGCGGGGAACUCUGGGCCUGUCGCCAGCCUUCACGCCACCUCCACCUCCGCUGAGUCCAUCCAGAACGCGCUCUUCACAGUGGCCUCCGCCAGUGGGGCUGCUUCCACCACCACCACCGCCUCCAAGGCGCAGUGA